CUCUCCUAGGCUGAUCGACCCAUUUGAUCAGCUCCUGGCGGACCAUCGUCAUGACCUGACGAAUUGUCAGUCUCCUAUUGAAUCAUGAAUGACAAGCUGGUUUUCCUGGGCCUCCUGUACUUUGUGCAGGGAAUCCCCUAUGGGUUGCAGUCCUUGUUGCUCCCAGUCUACCUCCGUGGGGCGGGCCACUCCCUCACCCACAUCGGCUUGACCAAAAUCCUCUACUUUCCCUGGGUGCUCAAGGUUCUCUGGGCACCCCUGGUGGACCGUGUGGGCACCAAGCGGCGCUGGCUGGUGGCCACGGUCUCUGGCCUGGCGCUUACCUGUCUCUCCAGUGCCGCUCUGGCCCCAGAGGCCCACUUCUGGGGUGUGGCGGGGACUCUGCUGGCCAUGAACGCCCUGGCGUCGGUUCAGGACAUCACAGUGGACGGGGCCGCCGUGGGCCUGCUGAAGGGCCGCAGUGAGCUGGGCCUGGGCAACAUGGCUCAGGUAGUGGGCUACAAGGCCGGCUCGGUGUUCGCCGGGGGCGGGCUCCUUGCUGUGAUUGACGUGGCAGGGUGGGGCCCUAUGUUCAUGCUGUUGGCCUUUGUGUACUUCGGGGUGGCACUGUUUGUGUGGGGGGCCCCCGUGCUGGACAAUGAGCUGUUGAGGGGCCAGGCAGAGGGGAGGAAGGGGGUCCAGUCGGACGCUUUGCAUCCUUGGAGGGUGUGGCGGAAGCUGCUGUCAGUACCUGGGACGCCCUGGACCAUGAUCUACGUUCUCACAUACAAACUGGGUAAGUCUGCUAGUCAGUCUGACAACCAUGCACACUCACCUACUGUACCAACUGGAGAAGUAGCUAAAAGUCCUAACACUAACCUCCACUCUCACCUACUGUACACUAAACCUGAUCCACUACAAGGCUACUACAUAAGAAACCUACUAGUACAUAAAUUACUUAGACAAAACAUGUUUUCUUCUAAUAGUAGUCCUACAGGUCUAGGUGACUACUCCAUCAAUGUGCUGUGCCUGUGUUGGAAAGCACAGAGAUACAUCCAUAUUGAUAUAUUAUAUCUAUGUAGAAAACCCCUCCACCACUUCAUAAGACUAUCUCCACUUUGAAAAUCUUUACCGUAUAGACUGUCCAAAGUUGUCCUGAGUUGCGUCAGUACAUUCCCAGCAUUUGAACACAUAGUUUUUCAUUAAAAUGGCCUUUAACGAGUUCUCUACUCAUUCUCUAUGUAAGUGGGGUUUGGAUCAUCGAGUUUAAGUGACAGAAGAGUUUUCAAUACAGGCAAAGCUCAUCAAUGUGGUAGUGUCUGUUUGACUCCUAUGAGAAAACCUCCUUGGGUUAUACUCAUUAAUGCACAACGUAGCAAAACAUUUUGCAACAGAAAACGAAAACAAGCGUUUCUUAUUGGACAAGUCCUCAUAGUCCCGCCCUGUUUCAGUCAGUUUUCAUCCAUUUGGUGCCUAUUGAAUACAAGCCUGAUGACCUGUAGCCUCAUUUCUGAAGUGGGUGGCAGGUAGCCGAGUGGUUAAGAGCGUUGGGCCAGUAACCGAAAGGUUGCUGGUUUGAGUCCCUGAGCUGACUAGGUGAAAAAAAAAUCUGUCUGUUCCCUUGUGCAAGGUACUUAACCCUAAUUGCUCCUGUAAGUCGCUCUGAAUUAUACCGUCUGCUAAAUGACUAAAAUGUAAAAAUGAAGUAAGCAAGACAGAAUCGUCUUUUCUCCAUUCAGCUGUGGUCUUAUUUCUUACCACUGUUCUUACCAGAGCUACAAAGUAAAAAAUGGGCUAUAUCGUAAAAAUGUAUGAACUUAAUUUAAGGUUAGGCAUAAGGUUAGCAGUGUGGUUAAAGUUAGGACUAGGUUUAAAAUCACAUUUUAAGAAGAUAAAUUGUAGAAAUAGGCGGGGUUUAUGACUUUGUGGCUGUGGUAACUAGUGUUGACCCUGAUCUCGACUGAUCAUCUAGUCUGUUUUUAUGGAAUGAGUGGGUUAUUAUCAGGGACUUGGUAGUGAGUCAAGAACCUAGCCUACUUAAAGUUCCGUUGUUGGAAAAUAUGACAUUUUGAACUCUGUGAAUAGCAUUUAUGUACAAAGCAACAGGUACAUAUUAGGUCUAGUGAGAUGUUAGAGAAAAGGUUUUAUGAUAAACACAGUUUGGUGUUAAGCAGCGUGUGUGUGUGUGUGUGUGUGUGUGUGUGAGCGAGCGAGAGUUGAUAUGGACAGAGUUUGGUGUUUGGCUGCAGAAGGGGAUUAUGUAAGGAUUAGUGUCUUUGUGUCUGUGGUGUUUUUUUCAUGGAAACUGAAAUGGAAGACGCAGCAUCAGACUGGUGUGUGUGUUUGUUUGGGUGGUGGGAAAACAUGUUCUAUAUACAUUUGCAUACAUGUGCUUGUUUGUGAAUGUGUGUGCCAUUGUUUUUCCUGUAUGUGUUUGAGAGAGAGUGUGUUAGGGGUGGCACAGUAAUUGGAUGAUCCCAGGCAGACACUAGACAGGACAGUAAGACUGGCUGCCCCCCCCAAUCCGUUUGAGGGGUUCACCAGCAUCAUCAUCAUCACUGUCACCAUCUCCAUAGAAUUCAUUGUCAUCAUCGCCAUUAUCGUUAACAUCCUCAUCCUCAUGAUGUUAUCAAUAUUAACAUAAUAAUCAUAUCUAAUAUAAUCAGCAUUUACAAAUAACCAGCUUAGUUGUCCGCUCUUUAAUUCAGAAUAAAAAGGUCAGACUGUUUGUGUUUGUGUGCAACUGUUGGGUGAAACUCAACAAUCCGUGUGAAUAUGAGACUGUAUUAUGUAUGUGCAAGGGUGUGUGUUUGUGUGUGAGAUUUUGGAGUGAAAGGUCUGCCUUAACCCCCCCCCCCCCCCCCAACACACAAACACACUCCUCUCAUCUCAGACCCCUCUCUCCCACACACUCUUAAUGAACACAGUGAGUUUGCUCUGUGUAGAACUGCACAACCAAUGAGAGGGAGCCGUUUGGAUGACCCCUGUGGCAUCUGAUGUCACGGCCAUGGGACUUGCUGUCUGGGCAGAAUCCCAGAGAGAGAGACGGGGGCAAAAGGGAUAGAAGGAGAAUGAACCUGUGUAUUGUAGUCCAGGGAACACUGAUGGGGGGAUAGGCUGGUAUUGGUAGAUGGGAAAGUGAUAGGAUUGCUCUUAUUGGGUUUAGUACCCACUGAUCUAGGAUCAAAUUAACCUACCCUACAAUAAUAACCUUAACCACUAGUCAAACAGAGAAAAACUGACUGUAUUGGUCAGUGGUUCAUUUAGGACCAACAUCUACAGAUGUAGGAUCUUAAUUUGAUCACACUGUUGUUGCAGAUAAUUUCCAAACUUGUAUUGUAUUCAAGGUUUCAAAAGGCUUCUAAAGUUGGUAAUUUCCACAUUAAAUGUCAGACUUGAUUUUCCCUAAUGAAAAAUGUAUCAACCCCUACAAAAAUGUUCAUUAAUUAUAAUCCACACAAUAAUUCAAAUGUCCUGUUGUUGCAGGAUUAUUUUCCUGCUGUGGGAAACUGGUCUCCCCCCCCCCCCCCCCCCACCAUGCACAGCCGUACUGGGAGGAUAGACAGUGAGACACGGGAGAGAUGAUGGCGAGCAUGGGUGAGAGAGGGGGGGGGGGCUUGGGAAGUGGAGGGAGAGAGCGGUGUGGGGGGAUGUGGGUUAAUUUUCCAGAGGGAAAAAGGAGGACGGCAGGGAGGCUGAAGGGGGGAUGAAUUAAUGAAGAACCACCACAUGGUGCCCAGAGCGAGACAGAGACAGCGAUGGAUAAAGGCAAAGAGGCCUAAAGAGAGAGGACAGUAUUGGGAUGGUGCAUAGAUAUAAAUCACUGGUGACAUGAAGUUAAGGCUGGGUGAUAUGUCAUAUUUGAAGGUAUACCGAUAUGGAUUUUUUAUAAUACCGUCUAUAACGAUAUGUUGAUACAGUGCUAAAUAAAUGAAAAGUCUGUUUUAUACUCAACCAAACUUGGACAAAACUAUCAGAAAGGAGAAAGCCCAUUAAACCAAUUAGAAUGAAUAUGUUGCCAUCCUAGAGUUAUGCAUUACUCAUAAAACAUAUUUAGAACUUGUAGUAUUCAGAAAUAUAUAAUACCGUCAAAUACUGCCAAACCAUUAAAAAAAAAGAGAAAAAUGUUGUGAUAUGUUAUUUUGGCCAUAUCGCCCCCAGCCCAACAGGAUCCCUGAUUGAUGGGGUGGUGUGGGUUCUCCUGGUGCUAUGGAGCUCUGUAGUGCAGCAGAUUUCUACAGAUUUAUGUAGACAGGUUAGAGAGGACAGUUAUAGUUAAUGUGGUAAUGGGAGUAAAACGUAGUUGGUAACAUAAAAGCAUUUUAUCAAAGUGACCCAUCUGGGUAGGGUGGGUGGGGUUCAAGUUGCCUUGCUUUACCCUUUGCCAAUAGCAAGAUAGUGUUUUUUCCCGUGCUUCGGCCUAGUUCCUUAGGGCUUCAACAAACUCUGUGACACCCUGCAAAGUGCACACCUGUAGGGAUUGCUAUUAAUGUGUGAGUGUGUCAAUAGGGCUGGUCAUGUGAGUGUGUGGGGUCUCUACUUUCUAUGGAAGGUGUACGUAGACCUGUAGCUUACUGAUUUACUAGACAUCUCUCUUUGUCGUGUCCCCAGGGUGUGUUGUGUCUUGUUUUCUCCUAAGUGUCCUUGUGAUCCCCUCUGAUCCUGGCCUGUAGUGUCUGAGCUUCAUGUGACCACUCUGUGACCCGACCAUUCUGUGUCCUAAUUUACCCUUCACCCCACCUACCCUCUCAUGCUGAUCCCUCCUCCUCUUCCCUCUCUCACUCACUCUUUCUUUCUGUCUUUCUUUCUCACUUGUACACAAACACUUCUCGUUUCCCAUCAGCAACCUGUCAGCCCUCCUCUCCCCCCCACACCCCCUGCACCAAAUUCCUCACCCUCUCACUCUUCCACAUUUUCCCUCUCUUUCCACAUCCCUCCUCCUCUGUAUUUGUCCCUUUUCUUUCUCAAACCCUGUCUCUGUCUCUCUCCAUAAAUCAUUCUCACUGUCUCUCUCCCUUACCCCUCUAUCUCUGUCUGUUCAUGAUUCUCCCUUACCCCUCUAUCUCUGUCUGUUCAUGUUUCUCCCUUACCCCUUUCUCUCUGUCUUUCUCUCUGUCUCUAUAUCUUUCUCCCAUACCCCCCUCUCUACUAGUUUCUUCUUUGUGGAUGCCUAAUGAAAUCCCCACUGAAAUGGACAAUUGUUGCUUUGAGAAUAUUUAUAGAAAUGAAUAAUCAGCCUUGUUGUGUUUGUCUGCACUCCCCUUUUAAAGAAUUAAUGAGUUUGAAGCAGUGGGAGCACUGAAUGCUGUAGAGACAUAUAACCACUGGUAAAGAAUCAAGCAUAGGAGGUUGGUGGCACCUUAAUUGGGCAGGACAGGGCUCGUGGUAAUGGCUGGAGCAGAAUGAGUGGAUUGGUAUCAAAUACAUAAAACACAUGGUUUCCAUGUGCGACAGUAGCCUGCGGUUUAUUAGACAUUAUAAAGGCUUUAAAAGGACAAUCUGUUGUUCAAACAACAACAAAGCGGUCACCCUAUCCAGUGUUUUGGUAAAUAGCUGAGGGAUGGGGUUGGAGGAAUGUAACCACUCUCAAAUUCAAAAACAGAGCUAUGGAUGACAAUCCAUGAGUGACCUACACCCCAACCCGAGCACUCCGUUCUGCCACCUCUGGUCUCUUGGCCCUCCCACCCCUACGGGAGGGCAGCUCCCGCUCAGCCCAGUCCAAGCUCUUCUCUGUCCUGGCACCCCAAUGGUGGAACCGGCUUCCCUCUAAAGCUAGGACAGCAGAGUCCCUGCCCAUCUUCCGAAAACAUCUGCAUUUUCUGAACUAACACUCGCACUUAACUUUUCCCCCUCUUACUAACUCUGACUUUGCUGAUAGCUACCUUAUGUACUGACUAUGACUGUGAUAUGUGGUUGUCCCACCUAGCUAUCUUAAGAUGAAUGCACUAACUGUAAGUCACUCUGGAUAAGAGCGUCUGCUAUAUGACUAAAAUGAAAAAAAAAAAAAAAAAAGAAUGACAUCAAAAUUAUAGUUAAUAUCAUAUUUUGAGGCUAUUUUGAUGCAGUGUUUGUUUACAAUAAGGCCUACACUGUUUACAAACAAAGGAGUAAAACAAGUUUAUAUUUGGGGUUUUGAUGGAGUAAAACAAUUGAACUAAGCUCAUGAGGCAUUUAUGAAUUACACUGAGAGUACAAAACAUUAGCAACACAAGGUAGCUCUUUCCAUGACAGACUGACCAGGUGAAUCCAGGUGAAAUGUAUGAUCCCUUAUUGAUGUCACUUAAAUCCAUUUCAAUCAGUGUAGAUGAAAGGGGAGGAGACAGGUUAAAGAAGGAUUUUAAAGCCUUGAGACAAUUGAGACAUGGAUUGUGUAUAUGCAAUUCAGAGGGUGAAUGGGCAAAACAAGAGAUUUAAGUGCAUUUGAACGGGGUAUGGUAGUAGGUGCCAGGCACACUGGUUUGAGUGUGUCAAGAACUGCAACACUGCUGGGUUUUUCACGCUCCCGUGUGUAUCAAGAAUGGUCCACCACCCAAAGGACAUCCAGCCAACUUGACACAAUUGUGGGAAGCAUUGUAGUCAACAUGGGCCAGCAUCCCUGUGAAGCGCUUUCGACAGCUUGUAGAGUCCAUGCCCUGACGAAUUGAGGCUGUUCUGAAGGCAAAAUGGGGUGCAACUCAAUAUUAGGAAGGUGUUCCUAAUGUUUUGUACACUCAGUAUAUAUUCUUCAAGAAUCAACGGGUGUAUAUCGAUCAUUUAAAAGUCAAAAAAUUGAUGUAGCAAUCGCAGAUUGCCCAUUUAAGUAAUGUCUUGCCGUAAUGACAAAUGCUCAAACUACCUACACUGUUGGAUGAUAAAAGGUUCCCCAGGUUUCAACUGGUGAUGGUGGGGAAUAGUGAGUAGCAGAGUAGCUGAUAGCUGUUGAUGUUAGCGCUGCCUUGGAAUAUAGAAUAUAGAUGCUGAAUGUGAUGAAUAUGUCAUCAUAGCAACCUGUUUAUCCCUGUCAUUCUCCUGCCAUACAUUUAGCUUGGCUGUCACAUAGCGUUGUCAGAACGUUUACGUGUACGUUGUCGUAGUGUUCCCGUGCGCCAGGAGGUUUUCAGCAUCUUCUCUGAGAACUCUUUUUGAUUUUCUUCUCCGUUUCAUGUGAAAUAUUCUCUCUCUAUUUUUGUUUUUCUUCUGGCCAAGUGUGUGUGUGUGUGUGUGUGUGUGUGUGUGUGUGUGUGUGUGUGUGUGUCGUCUCUUUGACAGCAGUCUCUGAGCUGUCACUCAACGCUCCGUCUCCCUGUCUUUGUGAAGUCACUCUCCAUUAAUAAUGGCGGCAGCGCUGAAUAUUUUACACCGUCGUUCGGCAGAACUUAUCCCGCCUUCGACGCCACACAGCGACAGAGAGACUAUUGUCUGACUGACAAACUUUUAUUUCAACCAAAAGCUCUAUGAUUGAGGCUUACGUUAUCUGAGGACGUUUUGCAUUAGGCCGUUUUGAAAAAUGACGGAUAUGAGGAUAUUCUUUUUUUGUUUGACAUCUAUUAUAGCCACUAUCUAGGAAUAUUGUGUGUUGUGUUGUUAGAUUUAGAAAAGACGUCAGCACCACUAUAUCAUUGUCCAGUCUAUUAAGCAGGUAACUGCUUUGUGCACUGUCACAGAGUUGUCGUUUGUGUUAAGCAUCUAACCUUCUCUCUUGUCUAACCUGAACUCCAACUGGUUUGUCCUGUCUCUCUCUCUGUCCACAGGCGAGCAGGGUGCGGUGACCAUGUUCCCUCUCUUCCUGUUGGACCAUCACAUGACAGCGCGGGAGCUGGGGUUCUGGAACGGAGUGAUCGCCAUGGGCUUCUCCAUCUGUGGCUCCUCCCUUGGUGGCGUGCUGCUCUCCCAGUUCAGGUAGCAUUCAGAAGCAGCACUCUCCUGGUAGCGUUCAAAGGCAACACUCUCCUGGUAGCAUUCAGAAGCAACACUCCUGAUAGCGUUAAGAAGCAACACUCUCCUGGUAGCAUUCAGAAGCAACACUCUCCUGGUAGCGUUCAGAUGCAACACUCUCCUGGUAGCAUUCAGAGGCAACACUCUCCUGGUAGCGUUCAAAGGCAACACUCUCCUGGUAGCGUUCAGAAGCAACACUCCUGAUAGCGUUAAGAAGCAACACUCUCCUGGUAGCGUUCAGAGGCAACACUCUCCUGGUAGCAUUCAGAAGCAACACUCUCCUGGUAGCGUUCAGAUGCAACACUCUCCUGGUAGCAUUCAGAGGCAACACUCUCCUGGUAGCGUUCAGAGGCAACACUCUCCUGGUAGCGUUCAGUGGCAACACUCUCCUGGUAGCAUUUAGAAGCAACACUCUCCUGGUAGCGUUAAGAAGCAACACUCUCCUGGUAGCGUUCAGAGGCAACACUCUCCUGGUAGCAUUCAGAAGCAACACUCUCCUGGUAGCGUUCAGAUGCAACACUCUCCUGGUAGCAUUCAGAGGCAACACUCUCCUGGUAGCGUUCAGAUGCAACACUCUCCUGGUAGCAUUCAGAGGCAACACUCUCCUGGUAGCGUUCAGUGGCAACACUCUCCUGGUAGCAUUUAGAAGCAACACUCUCCUGGUAGCGUUCAGAGGCAACACUCUCCUGGUAGCGUUCAGAGGCAACACUUUAUUCCUGCUCUCCCAGUUCAGGUAGCGUCCAUAGGCAACACUCUGAUUUCAGUUUUACAUUUACAUUUUAGUCAUUUACCUAACUCGCAUGCUUCCAUGACUUGUUUUGUAACUCAUUUGUAAUACUCACCAUCUGUUUAUUUGUUUUUAGUUUUUUAGUCUAUAGUGCCCAUUUUAGCGUCCCUUUCUGUUGCACAGAUAUCACAUCACCCCAUCACCUCCACUCCCCACACUGGGGUGUGUGUGUCUAUAGCCCUCUGUGUGUGGUAGGAGAGCAGCAGGGGGAGAUGCUUUGAAGCCUCCAGUGAGGCAAGGAGACAGGCCUCAACAGCAACACUAGGUCUUCUGUCUUCUACAGCUGAUAAUUCAAAGCAUCCACCAAUAAUCAACCGUUUCUAUUGACCUAACCUGAAGUGAACUGAAACUAUCUUAUUUUUGAGAGAGAUCACAGAGCACAGACUUUAGCCUAAAAGUCAUUAUAAUCUGCAGCAGGGCCAUUUGGUCAUAGAAAAUGUCACUCCUAGUGUAAAUUCUUAUAGACUCUCCUUGGCAUCAUCUUAUUUUCUACCAAUCAUCUGAAGUUCCUAGCAAGCCGUAGUAGAACAUACGUUUUGAAAGGCAGCACCUGCACAAAAAAGCAGGGCAGCCUCAGCUCUAGAGAUUAAAGUUCUCCUUUCAAUUGCUAGUUAACCUUACAUUUUCACCAACUGCCAUUACAACACAUACACUACCCUAACUCAACCUCCAUUGCAUAAGACAAUACAGUGGGGAAAAAAAGUAUUUAGUCAGCCACCAAUUGUGCAAGUUCUCCCACUUAAAAAGAUGAGAGAGGCCUGUAAUUUUCAUCAUAGGUACACGUCAACUAUGACAGACAAAAUGAGGGAAAGAAAUCCAGAAAAUCACAUUGUAGGAUUUUUAAUGAAUUUAUUUGCAAAUUAUGGUGGAAAAUAAGUAUUUGGUCAAUAACAAAAGUUUCUCAAUACUUUGUUAUAUACCCUUUGUUGGCAAUGACACAGGUCAAACGUUUUCUGUAAGUCUUCACAAGGUUUUCACACACUGUUGCUGGUAUUUUGGCCCAUUCCUCCAUGCAGAUCUCCUCUAGAGCAGUGAUGUUUUGGGGCUGUCGCUGGGCAACACGGACUUUCAACUCCCUCCAAAGAUUUUCUAUGGGGUUGAGAUCUGGAGAUUGGCUAGGCCACUCCAGGACCUUGAAAUGCUUCUUACGAAGCCAUUCCUUCGUUGCCCGGGCGGUGUGUUUGGGAUCAUUGUCAUGCUGAAAGACCCAGCCACGUUUCAUCUUAAAUGCCCUUGCUGAUGCAAGGAGGUUUUCACUCAAAAUCUCACGAUACAUGGCCCCAUUCAUUCUUUCCUUUACACGGAUCAGUCGUCCUGGUCCCUUUGCAGAAAAACAGCCCCAAAGCAUGAUGUUUCCACCCCCAUGCUUCACAGUAGGUAUGGUGUUCUUUGGAUGCAGCUCAGCAUUCUUUGUCCUCCAAACACGACGAGUUGAGUUUUUACCAAAAAGUUAUAUUUUGGUUUCAUCUGACCAUAUGACAUUCUCCCAAUCCUCUUCUGGAUCAUCCAAAUGCACUCUAGCAAACUUCAGACAGGCCUGGACAUGUACUGGCUUAAGCAGGGGGACACUGCAGGAUUUGAGUCCCUGGCGGCGUAGUGUGUUACUGAUGGUAGGCUUUGUUACUUUGGUCCCAGCUCUCUGCAGGUCAUUCACUAGGUCCCCCCGUGUGGUUCUGGGAUUUUUGCUCACCGUUCUUGUGAUCAUUUUGACCCCACGGGGUGAGAUCUUGCGUGGAGCCCCAGAUCAAGGGAGAUUAUCAGUGGUCUUGUAUGUCUUCCAUUUCCUAAUAAUUGCUCCCACAGUUGAUUUCUUCGAACCAAGCUGCUUACCUAUUGCAGAUUCAGUCUUCCCAGCCUGGUGCAGGUCUACAAUUUUGUUUCUGGUGUCCUUUGACAGCUCUUUGGUCUUGGCGAUAGUGGAGUUUGGAGUGUGACUGUUUGAGGUUGUGGACAGGUGUCUUUUAUACUUAUAACAAGUUCAAACAGGUGCCAUUAAUACAGGUAACGAGUGGAGGACAGAGGAGCCUCUUAAAGAAGAAGUUACAGGUCUGUGAGAGCCAGAAAUCUUGCUUGUUUGUAGGUGACCAAAUACUAAUUUUCCACCAUAAUUUGCAAAUAAAUUCAUAAAAAAUCCUACAAUGUGAUUUUCUGGAUUUCUUUUCCUCAAUUUGUCUGUCAUAGUUGACGUGUACCUAUGAUGAAAAUUACAGGCCUCUCUCAUCUUUUUAAGUGGGAGAACUUGCACAAUUGGUGGCUGACUAAAUACUUCUUUUCCCCACUGUAGAUGUGAUGUAAUGCAAUCUAUAAAUAACAACAAUGCGUAUGUAUUUUCCCACACAUGGCGUUAGCAUGAAACAUACAGUGAGGAAAAAAAAUAUUUAGUCAGCCACCAAUUGUGCAAGUUCUCCCACUUAAAAAGAUGAGAGAGGCCUGUAAUUUUCAUCAUAGGUACACGUCAACUAUGACAGACAAAAUGAGGAAAAAAAAUCCAGAAAAUCACAUUGUAGGAUUUUGAAUGAAUUUAUUUGCAAAUUAUGGUGGAAAAUAAGUAUUUGGUCAAUAACAAAAGUUUCUCAAUACUUUGUUAUAUACCCUUUGUUGGCAAUGACACAGGUCAAACGUUUUCUGUAAGUCUUCACAAGGUUUUCACACACUGUUGCUGGUAUUUUGGCCCAUUCCUCCAUGCAGAUCUCCUCUAGAGCAGUGAUGUUUUGGGGCUGUCGCUGGGCAACACGGACUUUCAACUCCCUCCAAAGAUUUUCUAUGGGGUUGAGAUCUGGAGACUGGCUAGGCCACUCCAGGACCUUGAAAUGCUUCUUACGAAGCCACUCCUUCGUUGCCCGGGCGGUGUGUUUGGGAUCAUUGUCAUGCUGAAAGACCCAGCCACGUUUCAUCUUCAAUGCCCUUGCUGAUGGAAGGAGGUUUUCACUCAAAAUCUCACGAUACAUGGCCCCAUUCAUUCUUUCCUUUACACGGAUCAGUCGUCCUGGUCCCUUUGCAGAAAAACAGCCCCAAAGCAUGAUGUUUCCACCCCCAUGCUUCACAGUAGGUAUGGUGUUCUUUGGAUGCAACUCAGCAUUCUUUGUCCUCCAAACACGACGAGUUGAGUUUUUACCAAAAAGUUCUAUUUUGGUUUCAUCUGACCAUAUGACAUUCUCCCAAUCCUCUUCUGGAUCAUCCAAAUGCACUCUAGCAAACUUCAGACGGGCCUGGACAUGUACUGGCUUAAGCAGGGGAACACGUCUGGCACUGCAGGAUUUGAGUCCCUGGCGGCGUAGUGUGUUACUGAUGGUAGGCUUUGUUACUUUGGUCCCAGCUCUCUGCAGGUCAUUCACUAGGUCCCCCCGUGUGGUUCUGGGAUUUUUGCUCACCGUUCUUGUGAUCAUUUUGACCUCUUUGAGAUCUUGCGUGGAGCCCCAGAUCGAGGGAGAUUAUCAGUGGUCUUGUAUGUCUUCCAUUUCCUAAUAAUUGCUCCCACAGUUGAUUUCUUCAAACCAAGCUGCUUACCUAUUGCAGAUUCAGUCUUCCCAGCCUGGUGCAGGUCUACAAUUUUGUUUCUGGUGUCCUUUGACAGCUCUUUGGUCUUGGCCAUAGUGGAGUUUGGAGUGUGACUGUUUGAGGUUGUGGACAGGUGUCUUUUAUACUGAUAACAAGUUCAAACAGGUGCCAUUAAUACAGGUAACGAGUGGAGGACAGAGGAGCCUCUUAAAGAAGAAGUUACAGGUCUGUGAGAGCCAGAAAUCUUGCUUGUUUGUAGGUGACCAAAUACUUAUUUUCCACCAUAAUUUGCAAAUAAAUUCAUUAAAAAUCCUACAAUGUGAUUUUUUGGAUUUUUUUUUCUCAAUUUGUCUGUCAUAGUUGACGUGUACCUAUGAUGAAAAUUACAGGCCUCUCUCAUCUUUUUAAGUGGGAGAACUUGCACAAUUGGUGGCUGACUAAAUACUUUUUUUCCCCACUGUAUUUUUUUAUUCUGAAAGAUUACAGAGGUCCAGACCUUGGUGUCCUCAUAUGUAGCUAUGGCCCUGAGUAUGGGCACCCUGUCACACCCCUGGGAUUAUGUUCAAUAAGACUUGUGCUUCCGCAGGGCCGUCAAGCUGCUGCUGCAUCUUCAGUUUACUCCUCUGUUCAAUUUGGAUCUUCAUUUGUUUACUUUUCUGUUUGUUUGGAGUUUUCUUACUGAUAACUCAUUUUGGUUACUAGCAGAAGGCUGACCUUGGGUCUCUUAAGGGUGAUAAAUUGGGGACUCAAGGACUCAAGGUUUAAUGGUCUGACUGACUCCAUGACUUAGUGGGGAAGAUAGUAGUGUAAAUAUACUGAAAAUAAUACUGAAAAUACAAACAGGUGCCAUUAAUACAGGUAACGAGUGGAGGACAGAGGAGCCUCUUAAAGAAGAAGUUACAGGUCUGUGAGAGCCAGAAAUCUUGCUUGUUUGUAGGUGACCAAAUACUUAUUUUCCACCAUAAUUUGCAAAUAAAUACAUCAUUUUGUCUGUCAUAGUUGACGUGUACCUAUGAUGAAAAUUACAGGCCUCUCUCAUCUUUUUAAGUGGGAGAACUUGCACAAUUGGUGGCUGACUAAAUACUUUUUUUCCCCACUGUACACUACAUAUACAAACGUAUGUGGACACCCCUUCAAAUUAGUGGAUUUGUCUAUUUCAGCCACACCCAUUGCUGACAGGUGUAUAAAAUUGAGCACACAGUCUUGCAAUCUCCAUAGACAAAACAUUGGCAGUAGAAUGGCCUUACUGAAGAGCUCAGUGACUUUCAAUGUGGCACCGUCAUAGGAUGCCACCUUUCCAACAAGUCAGUUCAUCAAAUUUCUGCCCUGCUAGAGCUGCCCCGGUCAACUGUAAAAGCUGUUAUUGUGAAGUGGAAACGUCUAGGAGCAACAACGGCUCAGCCGCGAAGUGGUAGGCCACACAAGCUCAUAGAAUGGGACCGCUGAGUGUUGUAGCGCGUAAAAAUAAUCUGUCCUCGGUUGCAACACUCACUACCGAGGUCCAAACUGACUCUGGAAGCAACGUCAGCACAAUAACUGUUCGUCGGGAGCUUCAGGAAAUGGGUUUCCAUGGCCGAUCAGCCACACACAAGCCUAAGAUCACCAUGCGCAAUGCCAAGCAUUGGCUGGAGUGGUGUAAAGCUUGCCGCCAUUGGACUCUGGGGCAGUGGAAAAGCGUUCUCUGGAGUGAUGAAUCAUGCUUCACCAUCUGGCAGUCCGACGGACGAAUCUGGGUUUGGCGGAUGCCAGGAGAACGCUACCUGCCCCCAAUGUAUAAUGCCAACUGUAAAGUUUGGUGGAGGAGGAAUAAUGGUCUUGGGCAGUUUUUCAUGGUUCGUGCUAGGCCCCUUAGUUCCAGUGAAGGGAAAUCUUAAUGCUACAGCAUACAAUGACAUUCUAGACGAUUCUGUGCUUCCAACUUUGUGGCAACAGUUUGGGGAAGGCCCUUUCCUGUUUCAGCAUCACAAUGCCCCCAUGCACAAAGCGAGGUCGAUACAGAAAUGGUUUGUCGAGAUUUGUGUGGAAGAACUUGACUGGCCUGCACAGAGCCCUGACCUCAACCCCAUCGAACACCUUUGGGAUGAAUUAGAAUGCAGACUGCGAGCCAGGCCUAAUCGCCCAACAUCAGUGCCCGACCUCACUAAUUAUCUUGUGGCUGAAUGGAAGCAAGUCCCCGCAGCAAUGUUCCAACAUCUAGUGGAAAGCCUUCCCAGAAAGAGUGGAGGCUGUUAUAGCAGCAAAGGGGGACCAAUUCCAUAUUAAUGCCCAUGAUUUUGAAAUGAGAUGUUCGACGAGCAGGUGUCCACAUACUUUUAGUCAUGUAGUUUACAUCACCUUAUCCAUCACUAGCACUCACAAAGCUAGAUUGGUUAAUGAUAAUACUACCAUUAGCAUCGAGCUGAAAUAGGCCCUAUAUGAAGAGAAUACCAGUAUCUUGUCUUUGUAUAAAACGUCUGCAGAAGACUGUGGUCUGUCCUGUUUGAAUUACAUCUCCAUAUGGUCUCUGAUGCUCCCAGGUGUUUGUCACACUACCCAUAAACUAAUACAACCAAAUACAAUGUAAGCCUCCAAAGGCAAACCUUUUGUUUGGAAUCUCUUUCACAAAAGCGCUGUCAUAUUUUUGCGGUACUUCUACUCUUUCGUUCUACCUUGUCACAUUUUCACACACAGAGGUGCGUUUACCUGACACUGUACACCCAGUCCAGAUUCCCACAGAAUGACCUCCCGCCACUCUCCCCCACUUCCCAACACGCAUGCACGCAAGCACACACACUAAACAAAGCCCAUCCACCAGGCCGUCUCAAUGCUCUCAAAUCUAAUUUGGACGUUUAUCCCGGGCCCCAUCAGAAACGCCUGAGUGGCCAGAGACUGACCCCCUCACACAGAUCGCCAUCGGCAACCCAAGAGCCUAAAUGGUAUCGGAGCCUGGCCCGUGUGAAGUGUCAGUAGCGAGGCAGGUUCUCCUCUCACCCCAUCACUACGGCAACUCCCCAGAGAGCCAGAUUUGAAAGAGUGUCAUUGUGAAGGGAGUAAAUAAAGAAUGAGAGAAAGAAUGUCUUUAGCAUAUGAAUGAUAGCAGAUUGGUUUUCAGGUGGAAAGGGUAAAGAAGGAGAAAUUAGAGAGGUGUUAUAGAUCCUGUAGACGUACAGACUGACAGAAUGGACAGAAACGAGACAGAUACUAUUUGGUAUCAGAUUUGAGUAUAGUUGGUAUAUUGCUCAUGUCAGAGUUAAAUCAAACUAAGCUGUGGUAAUGUCCAUGUGGUAAUGUCCAUGUCAGAUGGUAUAGAUUUCAGAUAUCAGACAGUGGCACGCGUCUGGUUUGUCUGAUUGACAGGAUCCUUUGGGGACUGAUUGGCACAGUGGUAAUCCCUGGGAGGCACACAUACACACACACAACACAAUGCUUUAAGGGGGUGAGACGACUGAUGGUCAUUAAUUUACCACACUGGGGAGCUCCUUAAGUUAUUGAUUACCCCAUGAGCCAUGCCUACCGGCUCUCUGACUAACAAGGAUUAGUGUCUGGGGACACGUCACGUGUGCAUGGGUGUGUAGGGGUGUGUGUGUGUGUGUGUGUGUGUGUCAGGGUUUCCGUUACCCGGUAAUAGCCGGCUUAUGGCCAAUAUAUAUGUUUUUAUGCUGAUAAAUCAAAUUUGUACCGGCCAACUGUCUGGGAGAAGAAAAAAAUCCCAUUGCAAAAUAAUGCCUUUUAGCCUUUUAAUUUAUGAAAAUACCAGUCGAUGUAAGUACAUUUGACCGGUCAUGCUUAUCGGUCUAUGGGUUCAUUUGCAUAAUUUAGUGGAAUUAAAUUGGCACGUGUGUAUUUUCGUUAGUCGUUAUGACUCUUAUUUAUCACACGCGCACAGCAUACAGGUACAGAGCCUAGUUUAAGCUGAAAAUCUUUGACAGCACGAGAGUUGCUGCUACAGCUCCUGGGGCUGCUGGAGUGAACCUUGCUUUUAUAAGCCCAAUCAUUGUGCAACAAUUCUAAAUGAAAUCGCAUGUUAAAAACAGUUUUGAGCACGAUAAAAAAUAGCUACUAUUUUUAUUUCUCAACUGGUAUUUGAAGCGCACUUCCCAUUCGCCAUUUAAGUGCAUAUAAUGGUAGGUAGGCUUCAGCGCAUCACACACCACUUUGCAAUGAGCUGGAGGCAGUAUGCAUUUGGAAAACAUAUACUAAAUAGUUUGAAAUCUGAACAUUUUACUACAUAUUAUGAGGCAUGUUUACCUUGCCUUAAAGUACCCUAGCCAAAAUGAGACCAAAUGUGGAGGCAAUUAUUUACAGUGAGCUGCAAAAGUAUCGGGACAGUGGCAAAAAAAGAAAUUAUUGGCUCUGUAAUCGAGCACUUUGGAUUUGAAAUAAUACAAUGAAUGAGGUUAAAGUGCAGACUGUCAGCUUUAAUUUCAGGGUAUUUUCAUCCAUAUCGGGUGAACCGUUUAGAAAUUACAGCACUUUUUGUACAUGGUCCCCCCAUUUUAAGGGACAAAAAAGUAUUGGGACAAAUUCACUUAUGUGUAUUAAAGUAGUCCCAUAUUCCUAGCACGCAAUUAUUACAUUAUUUACCAUUCAUUUCUAAACAGUUCACCCGAUAUGGAUGAAAAUACACUCAAAUUAAAGCUGUCUGCACUUUAACUUCAUAGUCAUUAUAUCAUUUCACUCAUUAUAUCAUUUCAAAUUCAAAGUGCUGAAGUACAGUGCCAAAACAACAAACAAAUUGGGGAUAGUAGAUUGACAUAGGCUAGUGGUUUGGCUGUUCAUUACUCGUCUUGUUGGCUGAGGAAAAGUACAUGUGGCAGUUAUUCUAACAUCUUUAAAUGCACAUCGGAAUUUGGUAAGAAGGACCCACACCGUUUCAUCCUCGAGGUUCAUGAUUUGUUAAGAUGAAUUACUAUAAUCUAAAUGUGAUUUCUGUCAUUCUGAGCACCGUGGGUGGACGCCCUGAUCAGGUUACGCAACCAAUGGCGUAUGGGUCCGGUACAUUUCUCAAAUGUCCGGUAAAUUAAAAUGCUGCCAGUCAAAUGUCCGGUGCCACAUUUUCCUAACAGAAACCCUGGAGUGUGGGUGUGUUUGCUACUGUAGAGGGAAAUAUGGUGUUUGUUUUUGUUAGCAUACACAUACUACAUACUAUUCUUUGCCUGUGUGUGUGUCAAAUGACUGGUUGUCCGUCUUGUGUGUCUCCACAGUAUUGGCUCUCUGAUGAGGCGGGUGUUUGUGAUGCGGACUGUCAGUAUGGUGUUCCAGAGCUCCCUCCUGACUGUGCUGGAACCUUCCCCACUCAUGAAAGGUGAGAGAAGACCAGACUGCACUCUGACUUAUGCAUUUCUUGCAGUGAAAUUAUACAACAAAUGUUAAUUUUGUCUCUGGAACAGGAGUGGAGAAAUUUGAUUUAUUUAUUUCAGCAUCACUUGAGAAAAUGUGAAUGCGCGUAUAAUGUGUUAUCUUUGACACUGUUAUGCAAGCAGACAGUAUUUCAACCACAUAAAAUAUGCAGCCAAGACGAACUGAAGUCUUAUCAGAAACUUGUUUCGUCGUUUUCUCAGCUUUUCCUUUCCUUAAAACCAGUCAAACUGAUGGCAUUUGGACAUUUUGCACAGGACCAAUCUUUCCACUGUUUUGGAGUUAUUGCGUUUUCUUCCCGGUUCCUAAACGAAACAGACAACUUUUCUGGGGUUAACUAGAUUAAUGCAUUCAUUCUAUUGAUGUAAGACAUUAUUCUGGUGAGCACUACUUUAUUUAGUCUUCUGGGGCAACAAGUUAUGACAGAAGAGAAGCUUAUGUAGUCUAUCAAACUACAGUUAACAAACAAAUGACCUACCAAAUGUCGGAAAUUAUAAGCAGAAUCUUAAAUUAUAGUAAAUUAAUUAUAGUAGGCAAAAUUAUUAUGGAAUUAUUAUGGUGGAUCGAACUGUGCAGGUAGCCUACUUUUUUAAGUGAUUUGUUUGAUAAUCAGAUGAAAAUAUCAUCACACAACACCAUAGACUGCACAACACCCAUGAUAUGUGCAACUGAGCCUGCCUACGCGGACCGUGAAAAACAACAGUAAACGGGAUAAGAUGUUUACAUGCCACAGUAUCCCAUCUUAGAUCAGCAUAUCCCAGGCAUCUUAUCUGGGUUUCUUAUAACCGAGAUACAAGCUUUUUCUGGUUAUUGUAAACGGGAUAUGAUGUUUAUAUGCAUCAACUCAAAAAUAGAACACUUGAGUAGUAAUAACGGGAUAUUGGUGUGCAGGUACAGUGAGGGAAAAAAGUAUUUGAUCCCCUGCUGAUUUUGUACGUUUGCCCACUGACAAAGACAUGAUCAGUCUAUAAUUUUAAUGGUAGGUUUAUUUGAACAGUGAGAGACAGAAUAACAAAACAAAAAUCCAGAAAAACGCAUGUCAAAAAUGUUAUAAAUUGAUUUGCAUUUUAAUGAGGGAAAUAAGUAUUUGACCCCUCUGCAAAACAUGACUUAGUACUUGGUGGCAAAAACCUUGUUGGCAAUCACAGAGGUCAGACGUUUUUGUAGUUGGCCACCAGGUUUGCACACAGCUCAGGAGGGAUUUUGUUCCACUCCUCUUUGCAGAUCUUCUCCAAGUCAUUAAGGUUUCGAGACUGACGUUUAGCAACUCGAACCUUCAGCUCUCUCCACAGAUUUUCUAUGGGAUUAAAAGGUCUGGAGACUGGCUAGGCCACUCCAGGACCUUAAUGUGCUUCUUCUUGAGCCACUCCUUUGUUGCCUUGGCCGUGUGUUUUGGGUCAUUGUCAUGCUGGAAUACCCAUCCACGACCCAUUUUCAAUGCCCUGGCUGAGGGAAGGAGGUUCCCACCCAAGAUUUGACGGUACAUGGCCCUGUCCAUCGUCCCUUUGAUGCGGUGAAGUUGUCCUGUCCCCUUAGCAGAAAAACACCCCCAAAGCCUAAUGUUUCCACCUCCAUUUUUGACGGUGGGGAUGGUGUUUUUGGGGUCAUAUGCAGCAUUCCUCCAAACACGGCGAGUUGAGUUGAUGCCAAAGCGCUCGAUUUUGGUCUCAUCUGACCACAACACUUUCACCCAGUUCUCCUCUGAAUCAUUCAGAUGUUCAUUGGCAAACUUCAGACGGCCCUGUAUAUGUGCUUUCUUGAGCAGGGGGACCUUGCGGGCGCUGCAGGAUUUCAGUCCUUCACGGCAUAGUGUGUUACCAAUUGUUUUCUUGGUGACUAUGGUCCCAGCUGCCUUGAGAUCAUUGACAAGAUCCUCCCGUGUAGUUCUGGGCUGAUUCCUCACCGUUCUCAUGAUCAUUGCAGCUCCACGAGGUGAGAUCUUGCAUGGAGCCCCAGGUCGAGGGAGAUUGACUGUUCCUUUGUGUUUCUUCCAUUUGCGUAUAAUCGCAGCAACUGUUGUCACCUUCUCACCAAGCUGCUUGGCGAUGGUCUUGUAGCCCAUUCCAGCCUUGUGUAGGUCUACAAUCUUGUCCCUGACAUCCUUGGAGAGCUCUUUGGUCUUGGCCAUGGUGGAGAGUUUGGAAUCUGAACCUCAAGCUGAACCUUGGCAAGACGGAGCUGCUCUUCCUCCCGGGGAAGGACUGCCUGUUCCAUGAUCUCGCCAUCACGGUUGACAACUCCGUUGUGUCCUCCUCCCAGAGUGCGAAGAGCCUUGGCGUGACCCUGGACAACACCCUGUCGUUCUCCGCUAACAUCAAGGCGGUGACCCGAUCCUGUAGGUUCAUGCUCUACAACAUUCGGAGAGUACGACCCUGCCUUACACAGGAAGAGGCUCAGGUCCUAAUCCAGGCACUUGUCAUCUCCCGUCUGGAUUACUGCUACUCGCUGUUGGCUGGGCUCCCUGCCUGUGCCAUUAAACCCCUACAACUCAUCCAGAAUGCCGCAGCCCGUCUGGUGUUCAACCUUCCCAAGUUCUCUCACGUCACCCCGCUCCUCCGCACACUCCACUGGCUUCCAGUUGAAGCUCGCAUCUGCUACAAGACCAUGGUGCUUGCCUACGGAGCUGUGAGGGGAACGGCACCUCCGUACCUUCAGGCUCUGAUCAGUCCCUACACCCAAACGAGGGCAUUGCGUUUAUCCACCUCUGGCCUGCUGGCUCCCCUACCUCUGCGGAAGCAUAGUUCCCGCUCAGCCCAGUCAAAACUGUUCGCUGCUCUGGCACCCCAAUGGUGGAACAAGCUCCCUCACGACGCCAGGACAGCGGAGUCACUCACCACCUUCCGGAGACAUUUGAAACCCCACCUCUUUAAGGAAUACCUGGGAUAGGAUAAAGUAAUCUUUCUACCCCAACCCACCCCCCCCCCCCCAAAAAAAAAUAUAAAAAAAUAUAAAAAUAAACAUUGUAAAGUGGUUAUCCCACUGGCUAUAAGAUGAAUGCACCUAUUUGUAAGUCGCUCUGGAUAAGAGCGUCUGCUAAAUGACGUAAAUGUAAAUGUAAUGAUUGAUUGCUUCUGUGGACAGGUGUCUUUUAUACAGGUAACAAGCUGAGAUUAGGAGCACCUAAUCUCAGCUCGUUACCUGUAUAAAAGACACCUGGGAGCCAGAAAUCUUUCUGAUUGAGAGGGGGUCAAAUACUUAUUUCCCUCAUUAAAAUGCAAACAAUUUAUAACAUUUUUGACAUGCGUUUUCCUGGAUUUUUUUGUUGUUAUUCUGUCUCUCACUGUUCAAAUAAACCUACCAUUAAAAUUAUAGACUGAUAAUUUCUUUGUCAGUGGCCAAACGUACAACAUCAGCAGGGGAUCAAAUACUUUUUUCCCUCACUGUAAACGUGGUCAAUAUCAUCAGUUCACACACACUCUAACAAUGGACAUACAUCAUUUACUCUAACCAGCCUGUCCUUUUCCACUGAUCUAGACCUGUAUGCGUCUCUAGUCCCCCACAAGCCACAUCUGUUUGUCCAUCCGUAGCUCGAUAUCUUUCUUUCUUUCACCUUGCACAAAAUGGGAGCAGGUGGCAGGUGACAGUGUGACUCUGAUGAAUGAAGGCAGGCACCUCCAUGUGACCUCACUGACUCACACAGGUAACCAUGACUAUAAUGAACAAACCCACUGGGCUCGCAGAUCCAUCCGCUUUGGUACAUGAAAGCAACACAUGAUGGACUUUACCGGAUACCCAUCGCAUGCAUCUACAACGGCCACACUCUAACCCACCGUACUCUAACCCCCUGACCCCAUGGCAAAACAAAUAACACGUUGUUGUGUCAUGUGUAACCCAUUCACAUUUAGGCUUAUACAUAAAACAUUUUGUCAUGUGAACCCAUCCACAUUUAGGCCUAUGCAGUGCCUUCGGAAAGUAUUAAGACCCCUUGACUUUUUCCACAUUUUGUUACGUUACAGCCUUAUUCUAAAAUUGAUUAAAUAAAAUAUUUUCCUCAGCAAUCUACACACAAUACCCCAUAAUGACAAAGUGAACAUUUUUGCAAAUUUCUAACAAAUUAAAAACUGAAAUACCUUAUUUACAUAAGUAUUCUGACCCUUUGCUAUGAGACUCGAAAUUGAGCUCAGGUGCAUCCUGUUCCCAUUGAUCAUCCUUGAGAUGUUUCUACAACUUGAUUGGAGUACACCUGUGGUAAAUUCAAUUGAUUGGACAUGAUUUGGAAAGUCACACACCUGUCUAUAUAAGGUCCCACAGCUGACAGUGCAUGUCAGAGCAAAAACCAAGCCAUGAGGUCGAAGGAAUUGUCUGUAGAGCUCCGAGACAGGAUUGUGUCGAGGCACAGAUCUGGGGAAUGGUACCAACAAAUGUCUGCUGCAUUGAAGGUCCAAAAGAACACAGUGGCCUCCAUCAUUCUUAAAUGGAAGAAGUUUGGAACCACCAAGACUCAUCCUAGAGCUAGCCGCCCAGCCAAACUGAGCAAUCGGUGGAGAACGGCCUUGGUCAGGGAGGUGACCAAGAACCCGAUGGUCACUCUGACAGAGCUCUAGAGCUCCUCUGCAGAGAUGGGAGAACCUUCCCAAAUACAGGUGUGCCAAGGUUGUAGCGUCAUACCCAAGAAGACUCUAUGCUGUAAUCGCUGCCAAAGGUGGUUCAACAAAUUACUGAGUAAAGGGUCUGAAUACUUAUGUAAAUGUGUUAUUUCAAAUUAGCAAAAUUCUUUAAAAAAAAAACCUGUUUUUGCUUUGUCAUUAUGGGGUAUUGUGUGUAGAUUGAUGGGGGAAACGUAACAUAAUGUGGAAACAUGUUGUCAUGUGUAACCAUCCACAUUUAGACCUAUACAUAAAACAUGUUGUCAUGUGUAACCAUCCACAUUUAGGCCUAUACAUAAAACAUGUUGUCAUGUGUAACCAUCCACAUUUAGGCCUAUACAUAAAACAUGUUGUCAUGUGUAACCAUCCACAUUUAGACCUAUACAUAAAACAUGUUGUCAUGUGUAACCAUCCACAUUUAGGCCUAUACAUAAAACAUGUUGUCAUGUGUAACCAUCCACAUUUAGGCCUAUACAUAAAACAUGUUGUCAUGUGUAACCAUCCACAUUUAGGCCUAUACAUAAAACAUUUUGUCAUGUGUAACCAUCCACAUUUAGGCCUAUACAUAAAACAUGUUGUCAUGUGUAACCAUCCACAUUUAGGCCUAUACAUAAAACAUUUUGUCAUGUGUAACCAUCCACAUUUAGGCCUAUACAUAAAACAUUUUGUCAUGUGUAACCAUCCACAUUUAGGCCUAUACAUAAAACAUUUUGUCAUGUGUAACCAUCUACAUUUAGGCCUUCUUUAUUUAUUUAACCAGGUUAGUCUCGUUGAGAUAGGAAUCUAUUUAGUAGAGACCUGGUACAUAAGGCCUAUACAUACAACACACAUACAGUGCUUUCAGAAAGUAUUCAUACCCCUUGACUUAUUUCACAUUUAGUUGUGUUACAGCCUGAAUUCAAAAUGGAUUCAGUAUUAUUUUUCUCACCCAUCUACACACAAUACCCCAUAAUGACAAAGCAAAAACAUGUUUUUAGAAAUCUUUGCACAUUUAUUGAAAAUGAAAUACAGAAAUAUCUUAUUUACAUAAGUAUUCACACCCAUGAGUCAAUACAUGUUUGAAUCACCUUUGGCAGUGAUUACAGCAGUGAGUCUUUCUGGGUAAGUCUCUAAAAGCUUUGCACACUUGGAUUGUACAAUAUUUGCACAAUAUUCUUUUUAAAAUUCUUCAAGCUGUGUCAAGUUGGUUGUUGAUCAUUUCUAGACAGCAAUUUUCAAGUCUUGCCAUAGAUGUUUAAGCCGAUUUAAGUCAAACCUUUAACUAGGCCACUCAGCAACAUUCAAUGUCAUCUUGGUAAGCAACUCCAGUGUAUGUUUGGCCUUGUGUUUUAGGCUAUUGUCCUGCUGAAAGGUGAAUUUGUCUCCCAGUGUCUGUUGGAAAGCAGACUGAACCACAUUUUCCUCUAGGCUGUUGUAUCCUAAAAAAAACUAUAGUCCAGGCCGAUGACAAGCAUACCCAUAACAUGAUGCAGCCACCACCAUGCUUGAAAAUAUGAAGAGUGGUACUCAGUGAUGUGUUGUUGGAUAUGCCACAAACAUAUCACUUUGUAUUCAGGACUUAAAGUUCAUUACUUUGCCAAUUUUCUUUGCAGUUUUACUUUAGUGUCUUAUUGCAAACAGGAUACAUGUUUUGAAAUAUUUUUAUUCCUUCUGUCAUUUAGGUUAGUAUUGUGGAGUAACUACAAUGUUGUUGAUCCAUCCUCAGUUUUCUCCUAUCACAGCCAUUAAACUCUGUAACUGUUUUAAAGUCACCAUUGGCCUCCAUGGUGAAAUCCCUGAGCAGUUUCCUUCCUCUCCAGCAACUGAGUUAAGAAGGACGCCUGUAUCUUUGUAGUGACUGGGUGUAUUGAUACACCAUCCAAAGUGUAAUGAAUAACUUCACCAUGCUCAAAGCGAUAUCCAAUGUCGGCUUUUUUUCUACCAAUAGGUGCCCUUCUUUGUGAGGCAUUGGAAAACCUCCCUAGUCUUUGAUGUUGAAUCUGUGUUUGAAAUUCACUGCUCGACUGAGGGACCUUACAGAUAAUUGUAUGUGUGGGGUACAGAGAUGAGGUAGCCAUUAAAAAAUCAUGUUAAGCACUAUUAUUGCAUACAGAGGGAGUCCAUGCAACUUAUUAUGUGACUUGUUGAGCACAUUUUUACUCCUGAACUUAUUUAGGCUUGCCAUAACAAAGGGGUUGAAAACUUAUUGACUCAAGACAUUUCAGCUUUUAAUUUUUAAUUAAUUUGUUAACAUUUCUAAAAACAUAAUUCCACUAUGACAUUAUUGGGUAUUGUGUGUAAGCCAGUGACACAAAAUCUAAAUUUAAAUCAAUUAAAAUGUGGAAAAAGUCAAGGGGUGUGAAUACUUUCUGAAGGCACUGUAUGUGGUGGAAGAAGAGGUGCGUGAAGAGGUCAGUUUACAGCGCUUUGAGCAUCUCACAAACAUCCCAUUUUAAUCUCAUGACUAAAGUGAAGGAAAUCUGAAAGCAGAAUAGAAGCUCUCUCAGUGACCUGUUUGAACCUUUGUUGAGCUGUUCACUCUGGAAACCGCUGGAAGUGGAGCCCCCCCCCCCCUCUUAGAGCAGGAACAAUGAUGUCAAAGAUCCCAAAAAAUGUUGCUGUAAAAUUCUCAAUAUUACAUGAGUGCCCCCUUUUCUCACUCUGAUAAGCUGAGUUAGUGUCUCGCUCUCUGAAUCCUGUGAAAUGGAGAAGUCUUAUUCUGCAAAACUCGACAUCUCCGGUGAAUAAUUCAGUGUCAGUGGGAGCUGAGAGACGCUCUGUGUCGCCUGUGUUCUGCUGUCUCCUGAGAGGGAACAACUUGUUUGGGGGAACGCGAGGAGACAGCACCCCCUUACUUCCACCUUUGUUGUCUCGGUUCAGCGACAGAUCAGGCUCCACUGAUAUACGCUGCGCCACUGAGCUCUCCUUCUCACACCAUCCAUCCAGUAGGAACUCUGAGUGAAACGAAAGAGGCAGAUUUAGAUAACACCACUUUAGGACAGAACACAGCAGGUAGCCUAGCGGUUAGAGCAUUGGGCCAGUAACCGAAAGUUCACUAGUUCGAAUACCCGAGCCGAUAAGGUGAAAGAUCUGUCGAUGUGCCCUUGAGCAACGCACUUAACCUCUAAUUGUUCCAGGGUCGCUGUUGGUAAUGGCAGACACUGGCCUUGACCCCUCUCUCGAACUGUCUCAGGGAGGGUGGGAUAUGUAAAAAACACAUGUCCAAUUCACACGUGUGAAACAGGACAAAUAUAAGCACCCAUAAUGUCUGGCAACAUUGGGUUGAGUUUGAGACAGUGUCAUGGCUGUUAUUGUGUUUGCCCCUCAGGUAUGGCCGUGUUGAGUUUGAGCAUUCAGCACUUCCUGGGCGGCCUCAUCACCACGCUCACCUUCACGACCAUGAUGCACUGCACACAGAGAGCGGAGGAGAGUGUACAGGUAAGAGUCAACCUCUACACACCUGUCAACCUAGAAUAUAAUUUCCCAUGGCCAAGUCAGGUCCUUCAUGUGAGAAACACAUGAAUAAUUUUAAAUAAUCACAUAUAUCCCUUGAUUUUGGUGAAUAUGACUGAGAUAAGUACAAAUGUCUAACAUCAUCAGUACAUUAUCUUUACCAAAAAAACAAAGAAUCUAGAACUCAAUUUUUGUCGUCAUCUGACAAUUUCCAAACAAAUUAUGUUCAACUUCAAAUCACGUUUUAAAAGAUAAAGUAAUUCCUUGAAAUGUGUCAUAGAAAUCAAGUGCUAUUUGCAUGUGCAAAUGUCAUGCAUUUGCUAAAUUGUUUACACUUUUGCCUGUGGCCCACUCUUUGAGGAUAUGCACACAUUUACGGAGUGAGGCACUCAGCUUUUUACCUCCACUUGGAGGAGAGGAUUUUUAUCUAAGAAGACGAGAUUCUCUGGAAACCCAGCGGCCUCUGGAAUGGAGUUAGAUUAUAUCCUAUGAUGUCAACAGGCAGGACAGGUAGCCCUCCUCACAGCAACAACACCCACCGGUCAGCUGGGACUGACGAGCCCCUUUUCUUCUCCUAGCUCUCUCCCUUUCUCUCUCUGUCUCCUUUUACAUAUCUAUAUUUCCCUCUCGCUCUCUCCCCCUCUUUUUUGACAUAACUUAUUUUGGCCCUUUUAAACUGGGGCAUCGCCGCCUGGAGGUGUUCUGUUCGCAGCCUCUCAAAUGUCACUCAAUCAAUUUUGAAGGUGACGAGUUGCCGCGGUUCUACCUAGGAGUCGUUGACUAGGAAAACUACACUAAGGAGGAUACAAAGCUGUAUCUGGGCAAUUAAGGAAGAAAAACCUAAUGAAACAAAGCUAAUAACCUCUGGGGUUAAUUUGAAAUGUUCUCAUGACAGUGACACAUAUAGCUACCCUUUUAAGGUCAUAUCCAGUGACGGAAAGCUGAUACCGUGAGUGAGUGCUUGUCGAUGGCCCAGGAGAGAGAAACGGAAUCUCUUAAGCAAGUUAGCCCGAAUAAAAGCACUUCACUUAACUCGGGUCUACAGGCACUCCGACUGUGUGAAUCUGGCUCAACCCAGCACUGUACUCAAUACUGAGACCCAGCAAAGAUGCCUGGGUAAUGUCUCCUUUACAGCUUGCUCAUUUUAUGGCCGGUGACAUUUGUCUGAGUUAGGUAACUGGCUAAGUUACUCUUAGCCACACGGGAGCUAUGUUACACGGUGUAAAAGGUACAACGAACAAAGGCCUUGUCGCCUUUUCACCGCCCAAAGUUCUAAUAAUCGAAGUCAUCUGCUCACCAUAAUCAUUCAAUGAUGUUUUCCCCCGGCAACCUACUUCUGCCCAUCCCUCCCCUUACUGAUUAAGAUCCAUCUCACUUUGAUCAUGUGGAUUUAGGCAUAGCCAGAGCUGUACUGAUAACUAUGCAUGCCACAGCGGAUGUCUUAGUGGUUUGUGCUGAAAUAAAUCUGUUCAGUUAAGCGGUUAGCAGUUUACAUGGUUUCAUUUGUAGAGGUGUUCAGUGGUUUAACACACUUGAAGUCUUUAUGUCUGGUGGUGUAUACACCUGAGUGUAUGGAAUAGGGUUGCCAUCGUGUGAACAUUUAGGUGUCAGUGGAGGGUGGAGACCUACGGAGAUGCGUUGGCUAUGUUGCCUUGUUGUGUUGCUAUGGGCAUGAGAGGUGGAGUCUGGGAUGUUAGGUAAUCUGUGUUGGUGUGGUGUGGCCUCGCUCUCUACAUUCUCUCUCUCAUGUCCUGUUGUUUAUUUUAUUUUUUUAUCUCUGAGCUCACCUUUACCUAACCCUCUCCUCUUCUCCCUACAGGCCACCCACUACAGUUUCCUGUCCACUCUGGAGGUGCUGGGGAAGCUGAUGUUCAGUGCCCUGGCGGGGGGCCUGGUGGACUGGGUGGGCUUCCCCACCGCCUUCCUCCUUUUCCUGGUCCUCUCGGCCGGGACAGCCCUCCACAUCUGGAAAGCCACAGACACAGGGGCCCUCAGGGAACAGCCCAAGUGAUCAGCUUUUUGUUCUUGACCUUACUAACACGUCAAGCUACUCAAGGGGUCAAUGAUCAGUUGAGUCGUUGAACAAGGUGUGUGAGUGUAGGGUUGGAACAAAAAUCUCCACACCCUAUAGGUGUCCAGGACUAGGGAUGGUGAUCACUGAGCUUGAGGAGGAGGAAGGAGUGUGUUGCAUGAGGGUGAAGCGAAUUCUGCCGUACGUCGGCGUCCUAGAAAAACCCUGUAUCUCACUUUUUUAAACAUAAAUUGAAAGUUUCACAGAACAAUCCCUUCCAUGUUCUGUGAAAGUGUAAUGAAACUAGGACUAAUAUAAGUAAUUCAAAAAGCCUUUUGAAUUUCCAUUAAUAUAUGGCAACAACAACGUUGUUUUAGAUUCCUGAAAAGUGAACUUAUUUUUUUUUAUACACGAUUUUUCCAGGACACUGAUGAGUAGUUAUAUUGAUUAUGGGGAUUGGAUCAGUAGCAUAAGGGAUAGGGAGGACAAUAAAGAGGAAAGCUGUUAAGGGGUUGUUGGAGGACAUACAGUUCCAUCUGAGCCAUUUUCACAUUUGCCAAGCCAGCAGUAAAAUUUAAGCCAGCAGUUAUACUUAGCCAGGGAUUAGCCAGCGAUGAAAGUUCUAUGUCAUAUCAGUUUGGCAUUGUACUAGUUUUGUGGCGACGAUUACGAAUAAAUCCCUACUACCAAUUAUCAACACUGUAAGAUACUCAGAAGAGGCUAGUGAGCAGUGAAGUACAACAUUUGCUAGCUAGCGUACGAUUUUGAUUAGAGGUAGCUAGCUUGAACCUGCUAGCCUAGGUUAGCUGUUAGCGCAAUUAGAGAACCAGGUCAGACUUUAUUUGGAUAGUUCGGAUUACUAUCAACAAACUAUCUGUUGA